AUGGAUAAAGUGAGCGAAGAAUUUAAUGAGAACCCAGAUAUCAAACCACCUCCUCAGGACUUGGUGGAAAUCGAUGCUGGUGUAUAUUUUGAGGUCAAUGAGACCAGAAUUAAUGACGAGCUCAUAGCUCUAGAAGAUGAAUUAAUUACAAGCGGAAAACGACCGUAUCUAGCCUCGAAGAUUGUUCCCAAACCAAAAUAUUUUGUAUGGCUUUUGGCAUCUCUGGCAAGUCUGGGUGGAUUUCUAUUUGGUCUUGAUCAGAGUUUGAUUAGUGGUGCGUCUUUAUAUAUCCCACAAGCACUCGGACUAUCAGCCUCGGAACUGUCAAUGGUAGUCGGAUUCACGCCUUUAGGUGCGAUAUUCGGUGCGUUGAUAAUUAUGCCCACUAACGAUGUACUGGGACGAAAAUGGGCUAUAAUUGUUUCUUCAGUUCUGUUUACAGUCGGGGCUAUAAUGGAAGCGGCAGCACAGUCAUUUGGGGUUUUGUUAGCUGGUAGAAUGAUACUCGGUGCAGCACUUGGUCUGCUCUCGGGAACUGGUAAGUAG